AUGAGUAUGAUCAGUGCAAUGAACCACAUAUUGAACUAUAAAGAGUUAAGAUUAUCGUUAGCAACUAUUUUACCCCUAUUUCAAUUGGAAUUGAUUGGAUCUCUACAAUUUACAUCAUUGAGACUUGUUCCAUCUGAUAUUGAUACAAAUGUGAAAUUAUCAGGAACAAUCACUGUUAAAAUUGACUCACCAUUUGGAAAAAAAUUUCCAUUGAACAUUCAAACAUUGGAUAUGAAUACACCACUAAACUUUGAACAUAAACAGAUUGAAACGUUGAAUAUUGCUGAUGCAGCGGUUCAAACAUUAUCCCCAUUAUCCGUCACAUAUCAAACAACAUUUAAUGAUGUGCAAAUUGUAGCAUCAAUGAAAUUUAAUAAACAAUUAGUCAAUCAUUCUUUAGAUAAUAAAUUAGAAAUGGAAUUUGUAUCGAAACCUUUGACUAUUUUAGAUUAUCAUGCAUUUCAGCAAUUUUCCGCUACUCUGUUAUUUACACCGAAUGUGAAGGUGAUGAUAAAUGGAAGUGCUGAACCAAUAGCUAUAACAAAUAUGGGCAUAUUAACAUUAAAUAAUAUUCUCAUUGUUGAUGAACUUAGUCUCAUUGGUUUUAAUCAAUUUCAAGCAACAAAUGGUUUGAUAUUGACAAACAAAUGUCGUACAAUUAAACGGAAAUUUUUCGUGAAAGUGUUCCCAGCAACAAUCCAACUCUAUAAUCCAUUUAAUAUUAACAUGAUCAUUAGUGCACUAUCAAUGAAAGUAUUUAACGGUCUCACAGUUAAUGAAACACAAUUAAUCGGUUCGACCAGUGAAGGUUUAUCAAUGAAUCCAAUUAUAGUUCCAGGAAAACAGGAAACUAUCUUAUCGUCAUUAAAUGUGACAUUGAAUAUUAGUUCUGUUGCUGUUGUUUCAUUUGCUCAACUCAUAGCUGGGACAGCCAAAUUAAACUUAUUUGGAACAAUUAAUAUGACUAUUGGAGAUAUAUUGAAUGAUUUAAUAUUGAACGAUUUGUCCCUAAUCGCAAUAGAUAUUCCAGCUUCAUCAACAUCGUAG